AUGGGUGCGGCGAAUAAAGAUUCAAAAAUCCAACAAUUUUUUACAGGCAACAAAUGUAGUUUGAUACUCGUAGUGAUUAUUGCAGCAGCUAUAGCUGUUUCUUGUGUUAUUAUUUUUACGGACAAAAAUCUACGGGAAAAGCGUCAGUAUGAUCCUUCAGAUCUGGAAUGGUGGAAAAAGACCAUUGUUUACCAAAUAUAUCCUAGAUCUUUCAAAGAUUCUGGUUCCGAUGGAAUCGGCGAUAUAAAAGGUAUUACCAAUAAGUUAGACUACUUUGUUUACCUUGGUGUUGGAGCAAUAUGGAUCAGCCCUUUCUACAAGUCUCCAAUGCGGGAUUUUGGAUAUGAUGUUGCAAAUUAUACAGAAAUUGACCCUAUGUUCGGAUCAAUGAUGGACUUUGAUGAACUAAUGAAUGAGACAAAGAAAAGAGAUAUAAAAGUUAUUUUGGACUUUGUUCCAAACCAUACCAGCAAUGAAAGCAAAUGGUUUAUAGAAUCUAGAAAGAUGAACCCAGAAUACAAAGACUACUACAUAUGGGCUGAUGGCAAACGAAAAGGGCAAGGAUAUGAACCGCCUAACAACUGGAUUAGUGUGUUUGGUGGUUCAGCAUGGAAAUUUGAUCGUGACUACAGAUACCAGUACUACUAUCAUGCCUUCCUGGACUCACAGCCAGAUCUUAAUUUGAGAAACCCAAAAGUUCGAAAAGAACUUGAAAAUGCGUUGAAAUUUUGGUUAGAUAAAGGAGUAGCAGGAUUUAGGGUUGAUGCCUUCAAGAUGGCAUUUGAAGUUAAAAAUGUGUCUUUGGACGAAGAUUUACCUGAAUUAAAGGCAGGGGAGAAAUCAGUAUUCACAGAUAAACAAAAUCAUAGUUAUACCACUAACUUACCAGAAAUCUAUGGAGUGAUAAAGGACUGGAGAAAGAUGUUUGAGGAGUACAAAGAAAAAGAUGGCGUAUCAAGGUUUAUGACUACCGAAUCAUUUGGUUUAACAUCAGAAAUGGUUAACAAAUACUACGAGGCAGGAUCGCUUCCAUUUAAUUUUGAUCUGAUAAUGAAAGUGAACAAAUCUUGUGAUGGUCUCUGUUUUAAGACGAUAAUUGAAGGUGCAUUAAAGAAUCUGCCGUCAACUGCAUGGCCAAAUUUUGUGAUGGGUAAUCAUGAUAAACCUCGAGUAGCCAAUCGCAUGGGCACAGAUAUGAUUGAUGUUAUGAAUAUGUUACUUUUGACGUUACCAGGAACACCAACAUGUUACUAUGGUGAUGAAAUAGGAAUGAGAGACGUAUAUUAUACAUUUGAUGAAACUCAAGACCCUUAUGGAAGAAACUACGGACCGGAUGGAUACACAAUGUUUAGUCGUGAUCCAGAACGCUCACCAAUGCUGUGGGAUAACACUAUCAAAGCUGGUUUUACUACAGGAACUCCAUGGCUUCGUGUUGAUCCUCUACACAGUCACAAUCGAAUAAAUGUCAAGGUAGUACAGAGUAGAAAGCAACAACAAAUAAAUAUAAAAGAUAUUACUUUUGAUGACACAUGA